AUGACAGAGAAAGAUCCAGAGAAGACACUCUAUCAAGUUCAUGAGGAGGACGAUGUUUCCUCAUCUAGAGGAUACCGUGCUGAAGCUCAAGAUUACCAAGAGGUUCUUGAUGCAGAGAAGUAUGGCCAGACCCAGCGUGGAUUGUCAUCCCGGCAUGUUUCGUUGAUGAUUAUCGGACAGUCCAUUGGAACUGGUUUAUACAUUGGAUUGAAAUCUCCUCUCAUGACUUCUGGCUCGCUUUCGCUCUUUUUGGGCUUCAUCUGCUGGGCCUGUACCAUGGUCUGGCCAUUGAUGCAAGCAACAGGAGAAAUGUGCUCGUACUUACCCAUCAAAGGAUCGUUUUUACACUUUGCUGCCAGAUGGCUCGAUCCUGCUAUGGGUUUUGCCGUGACACUUAUUUAUCUUUACACGUCGCUCAUGUUCAUUUGUGUGGAGGUUGUUGCAUUUGCCUCUGUCAUUGCUUACUGGACGGACGCACUGCCAGCCAUUUUCAUCACCAUCGGCUUGGUGACCAUCUUGUUCUUCAACGUUUUCGGCGUCAACUGGUAUGGCGAGGUGGAGUUUUUCUCGUCCAUUCUUAAGGUUCUCUUGAUUGUGGGUUUGAUGCUUACUGGUUUGAUCACUAUGUGCGGUGGAAAUCCUAAGGGAGACGCCUUUGGCUUCCGUAACUGGAAAGAAGGUGGUCUCAUGCGUGAGUACCUUGUUUCUGGCAAUACUGGUCGCUUUUUGGGUUUCUGGAAUGUUCUCAUUUACGCCGCAUUUGCCUGUGGUGGAGCGGACAUGUUGGGUAUGGUUGCGGGCGAGGUGUCGCUUCCACGGAAGAACAUUGCUCUUGCAGCUAGAAGGUCGUACGCACGUAUCUACUUGUUCUACAUUGGUGGUAUUUUUUUCAUGAACUGUUUGUGUGCCUCGAACAACCCGGAGUUGAUUAAGGCCUCUGAAGACGGAGCUGCUGGUGCCACUGCGUCUCCAUGGGUCAUUGGAAUCAAGUCUGUGGGAAUCCACGGCUUGGACUCUUUGGUCAAUGCCAUUGUUAUGACUUCUGCGUGGUCUUGCGGAAAUGGUUUCACAUACGGUGCAGCCAGAUCUGCGUACUCUGCUGCGUUGUCUGGCUACUUGCCACGGGUCUUUUCAUACUGCUUGCGUAACGGAUGUCCUAUUGUGCUGUUCUGUUCUCUUUGGCCAUUGGAUGUUUGUCGUACAUGA